AAUACAUACUCAUUAAGGCAUCAUAGAGUUGAAAAACAAGUAGGAAAAUUUUAAGAUGGCUUCUUCAUUGUGGAUCUUGGUUGUGAUCGCCAUCGUUGCAAUCACUCUUCCUUCAACUCUGGCAACCGACUUCACGGUUGGGGAUGACAAUGGAUGGUUGCUGGAUUAUAAUUACCAGGCUUGGGCUAUGGGGAAAGAUUUCCGUGUUGGCGACAGACUAAUUUUCGACUACCCACAAGGAGCUCACGAUGUGUUGAUAGUGAACGCAACUGGGUUCCAACAAUGUACAGCACCGUCCAACGUCGUACCUUUGACUACCGGACACGACAUAAUCCCUCUGACAGCCCCGGGACAAAAAUGGUACAUUUGCAGUUACCACUGCGCCACCGGAAACAUGAAGCUUUCGAUAACCGUGUUGCCUCUGGUCCAAUCUCCGGUAGCUUCACCUUCUACUGGUGCAGUGCCCAGCGCAAACUCGUCUUCGGCAGCCUCCGGGAUUGCUAUCUCCAAGUACUAUGCAUUGAUGAUUCGAGUUUUAGGCAUGUUCAUGAUGAUUUUUAUGGUUUAAUGUUGGAUUGGUGUAGCAUUUUUGAUUUUAUUUAUUCAUUUUUUUUUUCCCACUUAUUUGUUAUCAGGUGUUAUUGUGAUCAUAUUCAUGUAAAUAUCACAUGGUAAAUUUUGUGAGAGGUUUUCUUUUGAUUAGUUAGGU